GUAGUCUUCUGGGACCUGUCACGUGUCUUCAGUCUCUGGUCAUCUCCUGUACUAUGUCUGCAGUCUCUGGUCAUCUCCUGUGCUGUCUCUAGUCUCUUGGUCAUCCCCUGUAGUGUGUCUGCAAGUCUGUGGUUAUCUCCUGUAGUCUGUUUGCAGUCUCUGGUCAUUUCCUGUACUAUGUCCGCAGUCUCUGGUCAUCUCCUGUACAGUGUCCGCAGUCUCUGGUCAUCUCUUGUACUGUGUCCGCAGUCUCUGGUCAUCUCCUGUACUGUGUCCGCAGUCUCUGGUCAUCUCCUGUACUGUGUCCGCAGUCUUGGUCAUCUCCUGUACUGUGUCCGCAGU